CGAGCGGUUGUUCCAAUAUAAGUAGGCGUAGUGUCUUCUUUUCAAUGACUCUGCUCAAAAGCUAGCUCAAAUAAUUAAGAUGCAGAAAAGUAACAGCCUCUUUCUCCAAUUAUUUUGCCUUUUCAUCUCCUGCAGGAUUUUGUUGAUACAUGUGGCUGUUGCUCAAAACACGACCAUUCCAGUUGCAGUUAAUGUGGGAGUGGUUCUUGACUUUGAUACACAGCUUGGGAAGAUUGGGUUGAGUUGCAUUAACACGGCCCUCUCUGACUUUUAUGCAGCUCAUGGUUCCUAUAGGACCAGGCUAGUCUUGAAUCUCAGGGACUCUAAGAUGGACGUCGUUGGCGCCGCUUCUGCUGCUCUUGACUUGAUAAAAAAUGUAGAAGUGCAAGCAAUUAUUGGGCCACAAACUUCAAUGGAGGCCAAUUUUGUUAUCAAUCUCGGAAACAAAUCUCAGGUUCCCAUCAUAUCAUUUACUGCAACAAGCCCUUCUCUUACCUCCCUUCGGAGUCCUUACUUUUUCCGAGCUACACAAAAUGACUCGUCGCAAGUAAAAGCCAUUAGUGCAAUUGUUCAACCCUUCGAAUGGAGAGAAGCUGUGCUAAUCUAUAUAGACAAUGAAUUUGGAGAGGGUAUUAUACCUUACUUGACAGACGCCUUACAAGAGAUCGAUGUUCGUGUCCCGUACCGCAGUGUCAUCCCUUCAUCAGCCAGUGAUGAUCAGAUUAGCCAAGAGCUUUACAAGUUGAUGACAAUGCCAACAAGAGUGUUUAUUGUGCACAUGCCACCAUCUCUUGGCACUCGGCUUUUUGCCAAAGCCAAACAGAUUGGAAUGAUGAGAGAAGGCUACGCUUGGGUCGUGACUGGUGGAAUGACUAAUCUUUGGAGUUUAACAGACCCCUCCACCAUCGAUUCCAUGCAAGGGGUUCUGGGUGUAAGGACUUACGUUCCCAGAACAAAUGAGCUAGAAAAUUUCAGAGUUCGAUGGAAAAGGAAAUUCCAGCAAGACAAUCCUACCAUUAUUAAUGCUGAAUUGAACAUUUUUGGACUGUGGGCUUACGAUGCCACUUUUGCACUGGCCAUGGCAAUUGAGAAUGUUAGCAUGGCAAACUUCAGCUUCAAGAGAACUAAUGUUUCCAGCAGUGGAACAGACCUUGAAACUUUUGGGGUCUCACAAAUUGGUCCACAACUUAUCCAAGCAUUAUCGAGCACUAAAUUCAGGGGUCUCACAGGAGACAUUGAUUUUGUUAAUGGACAGCUACAAUCAUCACUUUUUCAGAUAGUUAACGUAAAUGGAAAUGGGGAAAGAAAGGUAGGGUUUUGGACACCAAAAAGUGGACUAGUAAGAGAAUUGAAUUUGACAAACAGAAGCACUGACUCUACGUAUAAGCCAAAUCUUGGUCCCAUUAUAUGGCCAGGGGAUACCACCUCUCCUCCGAAAGGCUGGGAGAUUCCAACAAAUGGCAAGAAGUUGAGGAUUGGGGUUCCAGUGAAGCUUGGGUUCAGAGAAUUUAUCAACGUAACAUGGGAUCCUAAUUCUCACAGAGCUACUUCAAUCACCGGUUAUUCCAUAGAUGUUUUCUAUGCUGUAAUGGCUGCAAUGCCUUAUGCUGUUACUUACGACUUCUUUCCCUUUGCAACGCCUGAUGGCAAGAGCGCUGGGACAUAUGAUGACUUAAUCUUUCAAGUGUACAUUGGGGCUUACGAUGCUGUGGUAGGAGAUACAACAAUCAUUGCAAACAGGUCACGGUACGUGGACUUCACAUUGCCAUACACUGAAUCGGGUGUAUCAAUGAUUGUACCAAUCAGAGAAAACGGGAGGAAGAAUGUGUGGGUUUUCUUGAAACCUUUGACAUGGGAACUCUGGGUGACAAGUGCUUGCUUCUUUGUUUUCAUCGGAUUUGUUGUCUGGGUUCUAGAACACAGAAUAAAUGAAGAUUUCCGGGGACCCCCUUCGUAUCAAGCCGGCACCAGCUUCUGGUUCGCCUUCUCUACCAUGGUGUUUGCACAUCGGGAGAGAGUGGUCAGUAACUUGGCUCGGUUCGUGGUAAUCAUAUGGUGUUUCGUAGUCCUCAUUCUCACCCAAAGCUACACGGCUAGUUUAACUUCACUUUUAACCGUUGAACAACUCCAGCCCACCGUAACUAACAUAUUUGAGCUCUCAAAGAAAGGGGAGAAAGUUGGUUUCAAGCAAGGCUCUUUCGUUGAGGGAAUCUUGAAGGGGUUAAAUUUUGCUGAAUCUCAGAUUGUUAAAUAUCAGUCUCUGGAAGAACUUAAUGAUCUUUUUACCAAGGGAAGUGCCAAUGGUGGUAUCGCGGCUGCUUUGGACGAAAUUCCUUAUCUGAAGCUCUUUCUGGCGAAAUAUUGCGACAAAUAUACCACAGUCGAACCAACGUUUAAAACUGAUGGCUUCGGUUUCGUGUUCCCUAGAGGUUCCCCUCUUGUGGCAUAUGUUUCGAGGGCAAUCCUUAAUGUUACUGAGAGUGAGAAAAUGAAGCAAAUUGAAGAUGCAUGGUUCAAGAAGGAAAGUUGCCCUGAUCCCAACACUUUGGUUUCUUCCAACAGUCUUGGUGUUGAGAGUUUUAGGGGCUUGUUCCUCAUUGCUGGGGUCGCUUCACUAUCAGCUCUUAUCAUAUUUGCAGCAAUGUUCUUGCAUGAGCAAAGGCAUGUCUUGUUGCGCUUCAAUUCUGAAACUCCUAUAUGGAGAAGAAUUCAAAUAAUUUCACGAAUCUUCGAUCAGAGAGACCUUAACUCCCAUACUUUUAGAACAAGUGAACUCGGUGACAAAAGCGGAAAUGAUAAUGUUCAUACUAUAGGCGUUGCAGGAGACUCCCCAAAUACUAAAUGCCCUCCAAGUCCAUCAAGCUACUCAAACCAGACACAGCCAGACUUUGUGUUAUUCGUAGAUCAAGGAAGAGCAGCUGAAAAUGGUGAUCUAACUACAACAACUGUAGCAUCUCUUGACAUAAUCCCAUUUCCCGAAAGACGUUCUAUUGAGCUUGAUAACAAAAAUGAACCCAGAGAACAAUGGGUGUAGAUAUUCAAACUUCUUUUGCUUUUGAUAAAUGUAUUUU